AUGAAAAUUAAAUCCUUACCUUUAUUAAAUAUCUACUUGUUGAUUUAUAUAGGUAUUUGUUCUGUUGUUAUUCUUAAUAAUAGUAAAAAAAUAUUUAUUGAACAUAAAGCUGAUGAUUAUCUUCCAGAAGUAUUUACAAUGGAAAAUGUUCGAUUAUUUUUACAAAAUAUGGUUGAACAUAUUAGAUUGAAUUCGUCGGAGGAUAAAAUUACCUCAGUUAUAAUUCUUGGUGGACUUGAAGAUAAAAAACGUCAAUUUGAAUUGCUCCAAGGUUGCAUUUCAAAGUUAUCUCAAGAUGAUUAUGAUGACGAUGAUGAUGAGUUACAGAAUUACAAUGACCUACUCAAAAACAUUAAAUGGCUCAAUACGACCUUUAAUAUUGAUGCUGAUAAUCCUCAAGAAACAGGCGAGUACAGCAUUAAUAUUAUCAUCGAUAAACUUGAAUACAUAAACGAGCAACGUUUUAUUUUAAUUCAACGAGUUAAGAAAAUAAAUAGUUGGAAUGUUAUCAACGCUGUGAUGGUUUUCAAUCUACAAGGUGGUCACGCUCAGUUUGCAGUGGCAUCAAUUGUUACAGGUACACAUAAAAAAUAA